ACGGGACGGCCAAGCCUCGCGAGAGCGGGCGGGCAAUGGCGGGCGCGCGGUGACGGAGCCGCCGCAGCCGCCGCCAUGUCGCUGGUGGCCUACGGGAGCAGUGAUGAAAGCGAGGGCGAGGGGGAGCCCCGGGCCGGGCCUGGCACUGCUGCCCGUGGGCCUCAGGGCCGGGCCGCCGCCCCCGGAACCCAACUCUUGCUCUCCGUCACUAGAAAGCGGAGCGAACCAGUGCGGAUCAGCGCCCCGGCUUUGCGGGCGGGGUCGGACUCAGAUGAUGAUGAGCCAUUUCAGAAGAAGACAAGUCAGGGCUCAGGAACGGGAACGGGGCUCUCUUCUCUGCUGCCACAGCCACGCAACCUGAACGUGAAGGAGACGAACCGCACCCUGCUGCCCCACUCCCUCAGCAAGGUGACGGGCCGCGCAGCUACCGUCACCACCACACCCUCGCCUUCUGCCAUCAAGGCCGCCUCCAAGAGUGCUGCUCAGCAGCUGGCCAGGCACAUCAUGAACGAGAAGGCAAGCGACGGCGAGGAGGAGGACGACGAGGAGGAGGAUGAGGACGACGAGGGAGAGAGUGCUGGCUUCUUCUCACUGCCUGAAAGGGAGCCGCCACCUGGAAGCAGGACUGAACCAUACCCGGACAUGGGGGCAGAGGAGAGCCCGCUGGCAGCUGGUGCCCCAGGUGAUUCUGCUGAUGCCCCCAACCCUGCUGAUGCCCCCUUGGAGUUCAACCGGAGCACUGCCUCCCUGGGUGACAACGCCUUCCCGGCUGCCAGCAGUUCACCGUUAGAGCCUGGGCCAGAGUUCGGUGGACAGUACUUGGACUAUAAUGCACAGGGGACCCAGCAGAGUGAAUAUUACCAGAGCUUCUACAGUAACUACUACCAAGUACCAGACCCUGCCUUGCAGCCAGCUCCAGACGAGGAACUGAACACCUUCAUCAACGACGAAGCGUUCAAAAGGCUUCAAGGAAAGAGGAAUCGGGGGAAGGAGGAAGUCAGUUUCUUGGAGAUCAAAGGUGAUGAUCAGCUGAGCGGCUCACAGCAAUGGCUCAUGAAGUCCCUGACGGAGGAGAAGGACUUGAAAUCGUUCAGUAAGAAACGAGGGGAACAACCAACGAGCCAACAGAGACGCAAGCAUCAGAUCACCUACCUGAUCCACCAGGCCAAGGAGCGAGAGUUGGAGCUGAAGAAUACCUGGUCCGACAAUCGUCUCACCAAGCGGCAGACCCAGGCAAAGUAUGGCUUCUGAGCCCCUCCUCCCCCCUCUCAGGAGAGGGGCAAACCUUUAGCGGGGGUACGGGGUAGUGUGCUGCUGACUGGAGGAGCUCUGCACAGUGGGGGAGGGGCGUUGCUCCACAGCGGUCCGCUGUAGGUCAGGGGACACCCAUCGAUCAGACCCCCUCCCGUGUCGUCUCCCCCCACCCCCGUCCCCUCCCAGCUUGAGCAGCCUUCCCGGAGACAAGCAGUUGUAAAGUUUUACUUGACGUGUGUGUGUGUGUUUUUUUUUUAAAAAGAGAGCUGAGCAGUGAGAAAGAAGUGUUUCCUUCAUCAGCAUGAGCAGGUGACGGGGUGGGGGCAGUGAUGUUAGAGGGGCAGGCUGCCUCAGUAAUGGUGCUCAGCAUGACCUGAGAGUUGUACAGUCGUAAUAUUUGUAUAAAGAUCGUUUAGUGGGAUGAACCAACUGUAGUUGGCUGUCAUUUUUAGGACCAUAAGACAUAGGAGCAGAAUUAGGCCACUUGGCCCAUGGAGUCUGCUCUGCCAGUCCACCAUGGCUGGCUGAUAUAUUAUCCCUCUCAACCCCAUUCUCUGCCUUCUCCCCGUAACUUCUAAUGCCCUGACGAACCAAGAACCUAACAACCUCUGCUUUAAAUAUACUCAAUGACUUGGCCUCCACCGCUGUCUGUGGCAGCAGAUUCCACAAAUCUACCACCCUCUGGCUAAAGAAAUUCCUUCUCAUUUCUGUUCUAAAGGGAUAUCCUUAUAUUCUGAGGCUGUCCCUUCUGGUCUUUGACUCCUCCACUGUAGGAAACAUCCACAUCCGCUCUGCCUAGGCCUUUCAAAUAGUCAAUAGGUUUCGGUGAGAUUCCCGCACCCUCCAUUCUUCAAACUCCAGUGAGUACAAGCCUAGAGCCAUUAAAUGCUCCUCAUACAUUAACCCUUUACGGAAUCAUUCUGUAAACCACCUCUGGAUCCUCUCCAAUGCCGGUACAAAACUGCAGAAGAUUAUUCACUCACAGUGAUUAAGGAUUUAUAAAACUUGACAAUUUCAAAUUAAAAUUCCAUUACUGUUAUCUACAAAACACUCAAUUCCCUGGGGGGGGGGGGGCCACCAUUCUUGGGAAGUUACCCAAAGUGCCCAUAGUGACUAUACUCGCUGUCCAAGGAUACCCGUGCAGACAUGGCCCCGGGAAAGGGGCGGGCAGUCAGCUCAGAAGUAGCCCUUGACUGCCUGGACUUGCGCCUGGCCGUCUUGGCUGGGCCCAGGAGCAAGCCCACCUAGAGAUCCCCCCAAGCAACCAACACAUCCCCCUCCGUACUGAGUGGCCAUCAAGCAGGAGCACAGUGCAGCCAGAACUUGGGGAGCAGCCCCUUCAUAUAUUCAAACGGGCUGCGAUCUCAUUCCACACUGCUGGCAGGCAGCCUCUCGCUGGAUUUAAAGAGAUUAGAUUUGUUUGUUGAAACAUCGAAACACAGUGAAGUGUGUCCUUUGCAUCAACAACUAACACAGUCCAGAAUGUGUUGAGGGGGCAGCCAACAAGUGUCGCCACACUUCCAGCAUCAACGUAGCAUGGCUACAACUUAAUAACUAUAACCCUACUGUACAUCCUUGGAAUGUGGUAGGAACCCAGAGCACACGGAGGAAACGUCAGGGUGCGAAUGUACAAACUCUACAGACAGUGGCCGGAGUCGAACGCCUGCCUGUGAUCACCGGCACUGUAAGGCAUCAAGCUAACUGCUGUGCUACAGAACAACUCCCACCGAGCUGAGGGUGCGGUGGGGAAGAGUAUGGCGAAGAUAAAAAGGGGUUUCAAAGACAGCUGCCUCAGGAGAAACCAGGUCAUUGCCCCAUGUUGAAUCUGUAAUGAACACUCUGUAAAUAAAGAAAUAUUAGUGUUA